AAUAAAACAAACCUAUUCAUACAGAAAACAGUCACCUAUACAUAUAGAGAGAGAAAGAGAAACAAUGGCGAAAAAUACAUGAUACACAUAAUUACACUUUGUGAAAUCUGAAUCUGAAAAUCACAAUCGGAAGAAAAUACUAUAAAUAGUUGCCGAUGGCGACGCCAUUAACGACUACGGGAGGAGGAAUACAAGGAGUCGGCGGUGGUGGUGGAGGAGUAGUAGCGGUAAUGUCAGGACACGUGGAUCAAUCUGGACCGUUGAAUAGUAGUAGACCGGCGGGAGUUAAAAGUUCAUCGCCUAUAAGGAUUUUCCUUUUCUUUCAUAAAGCUAUAAGGACGGAACUGGAUGGAUUACAUCGAUCUGCUAUGGCGUUCGCGACGAAUAAGGAUACUGAAAUUAAGCCUUUUAUGGAACGGUGUUACUUUUUGAGGUCGAUUUAUAAGCAUCACUGCAAUGCUGAAGAUGAGGUUAUCUUUCCAGCACUUGAUAUUCGUGUGAAGAAUGUAGCACGGACUUACUCCCUUGAGCAUGAAGGAGAAGGUGUUCUUUUUGAUCACCUGUUUGCAUUACUUGACUCGGAUAUGCAAAGUGAAGAAAGCUACCGCAGAGAAUUGGCUUCCUGUACAGGAGCUCUUCAAACAUCUAUUAGCCAACACAUGUCUAAGGAAGAGGAGCAGGUCCUCCCCUUGCUCAUGGAGAAGUUCUUAUUCGAGGAGCAGGCAUCACUGGUGUGGCAGUUUCUGUGCAGCAUCCCUGUGAAUAUGAUGGCUGAGUUUCUGCCUUGGCUUGCAUCCUCUAUUUCGGCUGAUGAGUGCAAAGAUAUGCAUAAAUGCUUGCACAAAGUGAUUCCAGACGAGGAGCUUCUUCGAGAGAUUAUGUUUACCUGGAUGGAUGGCAAAAAGUUAACAAACAAACGCAAGGCUUUUGAAGAGAGUACAACACACCUUAAUUCAGAUUCUGUUGUCAGAAGCCUAAUUGGUCAGGCAGAGAAUGUUCCUUGUCCUUGUGAAUCUUCUAGAAGGGAUCUAGUCUCAAAUUUCAAUCUUAAAGAAUCCACUCUAAAUCACCCGGUUGAUGAGAUACUGCAUUGGCACAAGGCUAUUAGAAAGGAAUUGAAUGACAUAACAGAAGCAGCUAGGGAAAUAAAGUUGCGUGGAGAUUUUUCUGAUUUAUCUGCCUUCAACCAGAGGCUCCAGUUUAUUGCUGAAGUUUGCAUCUUUCAUAGUAUUGCCGAGGACAAAGUUAUAUUUCCUGCAGUAGAUGCAGAAAUAUCAUUUGCCCAGGAGCAUGCCGAAGAAGAAAACGAGUUUGAUAAAUUUAGAUGCUUGAUAGAAAGUGUUCAGAGUGCUGGAUCCAACUCAACUUCUGUAGAAUUUUAUUCAGAGCUGUGCUCACAAGCUGAUCACAUAAUGGAGACAGUGGAGAGACAUUUCUGUAAUGAGGAGGCUCAGGUUCUUCCACUCGCACGAAAGCAUUUUACCCCCAAACGGCAGCGGGAACUCCUUUACCAGAGCUUGUGUGUAAUGCCACUUAGACUCAUAGAAUGCGUCUUACCAUGGUUGGUAGGUACAUUAAGUGAGGAGGAAGCAAGGUCUUUUCUUCAGAACAUGCAUAUGGCAGCACCAGCAUCAGACACUGCUUUGGUCACACUUUUCUCUGGUUGGGCAUGCAAAGGUCGUCCAGCUGACAUUUGUUUAUCUUCAAGUGCAACCGGUUGCUGUCCUGCUAAAAUUUUAGCUGGGAAUCAAGAGAACUUAGGUAAAUGUUGCGGUACAUGCACUUCUUCAAGAAUUGUCAAAUGUAGUAGCUCAAAUGGUGAGCAAAGUGAUGGUGAAAGGCCAACCAAGCGUGUAAACUUAAUGUCAGAGGAGAAAUGCUAUCGUCAUGAUCCUUCCGGAGGUGGAAAAGUUCGGAAAGGAUCCACUGGUAAUCAGUCUUGUUGUGUUCCUGCAUUAGGUGUUGUAAAUUCCCUAGCUGCAUCAAAAUCAUCGCGCACUUUUAGUCCGAGUGCUCCCUCUCUGAAUUCCUGUCUUUUCAACUGGAAUACCAGCUUGACCAAUGCUGGAUAUGCACCACGGCCGAUCGAUAACAUUUUUCAAUUUCACAAGGCAAUCAGAAAGGACUUGGAAUUUCUGGAUGUUGAAUCUGGAAAACUGACUGAUUGUGAUGAGACUUUUCUCAGGAAGUUUUGUGGUCGUUUUCGUCUCCUGCGGGGCUUGUAUAAAGCUCACAGUAAUGCAGAGGAUGAUAUAGUAUUCCCAGCUUUGGAAUCAAAAGAGACACUUCAUAAUGUUAGCCAUUCCUACACCUUGGACCACAAACAGGAGGAAAAACUAUUCGAGGACAUUUCAUCUGCACUUGAUGAACUUUCUCAACUCCGAGAAAACUUGAAUGGUGGGAGUUCAGUUAAAGGUCCUUGUAGAAACUCUGGUUCUUGUGACUUACAUGAAUAUUCAAGAAAAUACAAUGAGCUAGCCACUAAAAUUCAAGCUAUGUGCAAAUCAAUAAAAGUAACCUUGGAUCAACAUGUUAUACGGGAGGAAGUUGAGCUAUGGCCCCUGUUUGACCGGCAUUUUAGCAUUGAAGAACAAGACAAACUAGUUGGUAGAAUAAUAGGAACAACUGGGGCAGAAGUACUUCAGUCAAUGUUGCCCUGGGUAACCACUGCUCUUACUCAGGAUGAGCAAAAUAAAAUGAUGGAGACAUGGAAGCAGGCAACCAAAAAUACAAUGUUCAGUGAAUGGCUCAAUGAAUGGUGGGAAGGUAUUCCAGAUGGAACUUCCCAGACAUCAAGAUCCGAAAACAUUGUCUCACGAGGAUAUGAGUUUCCCGAAUCUCUAGAACAAAAUGACUCCACUUUUAAACCUGGAUGGAAGGACAUAUUUCGGAUGAAUCAAAAUGAGCUAGAGUCAGAAAUAAUGAAGGUUUCCCGAGACUCUUCGCUUGAUCCUAGAAGAAAAGCAUAUCUUAUUCAAAAUCUUAUGACCAGUCGCUGGAUAGCUGCUCAGCAGGAGUCUGAAGCAAGAUCUGUUGAAACUUCAAAUGGUCAAGAUCAAAUUGGAUGUUCACCUUCAUUCCGUGAUCCAGAUAAGCAAGUGUUCGGAUGUGAGCAUUAUAAAAGAAACUGCAAGCUCCGAGCAGCUUGCUGUGGUAAACUAUUUCCAUGCAGAUUCUGUCAUGAUAAAGUCAGUGAUCAUUCUAUGGAUAGGAAGGCAACAAUUGAAAUGAUGUGUAUGCACUGCCUCAAAGUACAACCAGUUGGACCUACUUGCACGACUCCAUCCUGUAAUGGCCUUUCGAUGGCAAAAUAUUACUGCAGCAGCUGUAAAUUUUUUGAUGAUGAAAGGACAGUAUAUCACUGCCCAUUUUGCAAUUUAUGCCGGUUGGGGCAAGGACUAGGUGUUGACUUCUUUCAUUGCAUGACCUGCAAUUGCUGCCUUGGAAUGAAACUUGUGGACCACAAAUGCAGGGAGAAAGGUCUUGAAACCAACUGUCCAAUAUGUUGUGAUUUUUUAUUCACAUCAAGUGAAACUGUCAGAGGUCUGCCCUGUGGGCAUUUUAUGCAUUCAGCAUGCUUUCAGGCAUAUGCUUGCACACACUACAUCUGUCCCAUUUGCAGCAAGUCUAUGGGAGAUAUGUCGGUGUACUUUGGGAUGCUUGAUGCUUUGAUGGCUUCGGAGGCACUACCAGAAGAAUUUAGGAACCGCUGCCAAGAUAUAUUGUGUAACGACUGUGGUAAGAGGGGAACUGCACCAUUUCACUGGCUAUAUCACAAGUGUGCACCUUGCGGAUCCUACAAUACCAGAGUGAUAAAGGUGGAAACAAGUCCUAAUUGCUCCAGCUAAUGUGACCUGUCGGAUUACCGAUGGGCGGAGCUAGAAGGGCAGGAGAAGGGGUGGGGUGUUCCUCCAGAUCUUCACAUCACUAUAUAUACAAGGUCGUAAGUUUCUUUUAUGUGUAUAUAAUAGAUGUUGAACCCCUUUGGUUAAAAACUUGUCUCCGUUACUGAGAUUACCCUCUCAUAGGAUUACAUACUUCUAUACAUCGCAUUGUUUAGUGCGAGCUCGAUACAUAGGUUUGUAAAAUAUAUGAGCACUGACGGUCGCCAAAAUUUUGUUAUUGUUAUAACCAAAACAUGCUGUUUAGCUAAA